UCACAUAGCGGCUUGUGUCUGCCUCUGGGCUCUCGACCGCUCUCGCGCCGCUUUUGACAUUGUGCCUGUGAUAAACCCUGCAAGCGGGGACUUGUAAACGAUACUGGAUACUGGGCCACUGAACACUGGAUACUGGAUACCCGAUAACUGACCGAUACUCGAUACCUUACCCCUUCCGCCCAGUAGGUACUUCGCGUGAUUCACAGUUUAGCCAUAUAAUCGUUUUACUCGUGCGCGCACUGAUCGAUUUAACUUCGUCGAGUCGCCGAGGUUCCGAUGUUGACAGUUGUCGCCACCGCUGCCUGAUAAGGUUCAGACGCACAUCCGACCAGCCGUCAGUUGGCUUAAAAGCGUGUGAGGCGGAGCAUCGCGUAAACGGAACAGCCGAUCGACCCAUUCAGUUUCCAGUAAGCUGAUUCCGAUUCCAAAACCGAUACGAGCAGACCGGCCAAAAAGGCGAAACCCAUGCGGAUUGACCAAACAGUGCAAUUUAAACUCAUUACAGUUCGACUCAUAAUCAAAAACUGGACCAAUCCCAUUGUAAGCAUCACGAAAUAAACAAAUUAAGAGCGGCAACAAAAUGGCAAUCAUACUUCAAGAAGCCCAGGAGUGGUAUCGGGACCUCAUGGAUAACAAGAGUGAUCCCCGCGUUAACAACUUCUUCCUGCUGUCCUCACCACUGCCCACACUCGGUAUGUGCAUAUUCUAUGCAUACUUCAGUAAAUUUCUGGGACCAAAGCUAAUGGCCAAGCGGAAACCAAUGGAAUUGCGUUCAGUGUUAGUCAUUUACAAUGCUAUACAGACAAUAUUUAGCGCGUGGAUUUUCUAUGAGUACUUAAUGAGCGGAUGGUGGGGUCAUUACAGCUUAAAGUGUCAGCCCGUCGACUAUAGCACCAGCGGUCUGGCUAUGCGGAUGGUCAACAUUUGCUGGUGGUACUACAUUUCGAAGUUCACCGAGUUCUUCGAUACACUCUUCUUCAUUCUGCGAAAAAAGAACGAACACGUCUCCACACUUCAUGUCAUCCAUCACGGCUGCAUGCCGUUCUCGGUCUGGAUGGGUCUUAAGUUUGCUCCAGGCGGUCACAGCACCUUCUUUGCCCUCCUCAACUCGUUUGUGCACAUUGUGAUGUAUUUCUACUACAUGAUCGCCGCUAUGGGUCCAAAGUACCAGAAAUACAUCUGGUGGAAGAAGUACCUGACAACCUUCCAAAUGGUUCAAUUCGUGGCCAUUUUCACGCACCAGUUCCAACUGCUGUUCCGCGACUGUGACUACCCGAAGGGCUUCAUGGUUUGGAUUGGGCUACACGGCGUCAUGUUCCUGUUCCUUUUCUCUGACUUCUACAAAGCCAAAUAUUUGAACGCAGCUCGACGACGCAGGCAGGCGGUCAAGGCCAAUGGCAAUGCCAACGGCUUGCAUUCAAAUGGGCACACCAAGCACAUCGGAGAGGGAGACGCACUUGUCACCAACGGCAGCAACACGGGGGCUUGCAUGCCUGUGAUGGAGGAGGAGUACGUAAAGAUAAACGGGCAUGCCAAUGGUGCCUACAAGGACGGCUUUUUCAAGGAGGGCGUGUUAUCCAACAACGAUGCCAUCUUCAACCCGGACAGCAGUAGUUCUAGUCUGCACCAGCGCAAAGUCAAAUAACUACUGAUUAGGUGUACUACGAUGAUAUUCAUUAUGUUUAUGUUAAGUGUUUAGCGUGUAACUGAACCAGAUUGAAGAACAAGACAAACAAGAAGCUUGGCAAAAGUAGCAGAUGCAGUAAAAGAAUUGGCACCCCAGCGGAAAGGGAAUAUUAAGAGAGCUCGGUUUAUGGAAAGAUUUUAAAAAUUUAUAUUUUGAAUACGGAUAAUAGAAAAUAACAGCUCUGCCGAAAGUCAUUCGGAUAAGCCGAAACGUACCGAACAAUCGCCACCUACAACCAACUGUGCCCACCCACCCGAACCGUCAACUAAAGUAGGAAAUGCAGCGUCAGCACAAACUAAGAGAUAAUUAAACCCCUUUUUUAUUAGACUUUAAAGGCACGUCACCCGUUUUCAAAUCUCUAUUGAACUACAGAUACAUUCACUGCUUAUAUGCAGAGGAAGUUAUUUUUUGAUCGAUAUUUAUAUAGCCAUAGAUAUUGAAGCGUGUUCUAAACUGGCGUCAAAUACAAAUUAUAAUUUUUAGUGCAGCUUCUUGGAUACGAACACGCCUGCAGAAACACUUAGUCACUCUAGGUGUAGACUUUUUAUGUCAAUUUUUGAUAACAACUUGAGGCGUUUUGAUAUCGAUAGGUAAACAUGCUCUCUUUAAGUCUGCUUAAAACUUAAUGACCACGUUAUACUAUUUGUAGCUUGUUUUGUAUAUUGAGAGAAAGUCAUGAUUGUUGCAAUACUUUGUAAAGGUCUAAUAGUAAAACUUAUUUAUAUAAUGUAGCUAGCUAGCCAAUUGCAAAAUGUAACAAGAACCAGAACCUUCCUAUCGCCUCACUGGGCAACGUAACGAUUUAACGGACGACCGGACGGAUCAACACACUAUAGUCAGGCGAAACGGAGCAACAAAGAAUUCAUGAAGAUAAAGCUUUUAUACUGUAAGUGAAAACGGCUUAGGGAGCAGACAAUCAGUUUAGGCGUUGGUUGUCAACAUACAAUAAUCUAAACAAAAGUUGACCACUAUUCACAAAUCAUGAACCUUUGGUGGGGGUCAUUAUCAUACUUUAUUACUACUUAUACAAUAUCCCCUUGUUCCCACUUAUGGUUUGAAGUUGUUAAACGGUUUUAUUUCGAAUUAUUUGUAAGUGUAAUUCUGUCUGUUAACCUGUGCGUAUUGGUUUCAUUGUUAAGUUAUGUGGCUUAAGCUGACAAGUUCAAAAAACUAUGGAAAACCUGAAUAAAGCUUAUUAAUUUAUAUUAAAAGUA